GAGCCAGCGCUAUCAACACUGCUGCCCCGAGGGCUCUUCCUACUCGGUCCUGAGAGCCACAGACGAAUCUGGGAAUAUCACGGCUAAACCAAUAGCACUGUUGAUUCGAAAACAUGCUCGAGGUUUUCUGUUUUAUCGUGUGUGUCUCGACAAACUGGCUGACGGAUCAUACUUUCAUUUCCAGAUCACGACACCGAUGAAAAUAACAUCAGACACCGCAAGUAGAGUAGUAGCAUUGAGAUAAAGACUAAUCUUUACAAUUAUCGGAACAAGGGACAAGAUGCAGACACGAAAGCAACGGUUGAUAUAGCUUUACAGCGAUGUAUAGACUUAAAUUAAUAUUCUCGGAUUACUGAUACAAAGCACGCGCUUCGACCCACAAUCUUCAUCCCGGUUCCGCAAAGAAACUCAACCCAAAAGUGUUGAAGAGCUCCAUGCAUUCAAAAAGGGAGAGGAGAGGAGCGCUGUCCCGUGCUGGAUGGAUGGUUAUGGGGAAAGGAGCAGGACCAUCGGCGCUACAAGUCUGCCAGUUCCUUGCACUGUUUCUCAGUCUGUUUCCAGCAGCCACUCUGCAGUGUAAGAUCCUCAAGUGUAACUCAGAGUUCUGGGCCUCCACCUCCAGUUCUGGCCCAGAAGAGGAGUUUUGCACUGCUCUGCGAGCAUACAACAGUUGUGUACGUCGCACCGCUCGUACAUGCCGGGGUGACCUGGCCUACCAUUCAGCCCAACAUGGUAUAGAGGAUCUUAUGAGCCAACACAACUGCUCCAAAGAAGGGCCCACUACCCAGCCUCGUGCCCGCACAGUCCCACCCCCAGUCUUGUCACCACCCCAAACAGACAUUCAUAUUCCCUCUGACGAGCCAGAGGUAUGCCAUUACGAGCGGAGUCUACCACAUAAUGCUGCACCUCCCAAUUACACCCAUUGUGGCUUUUUUGGGGAUCCACAUCUUCGCACAUUCAACGAUGACUUUCAAACCUGUAAAGUUGAGGGAGCCUGGCCACUUAUCCACAAUAAGUACCUGUCUGUCCAAGUUACAAACACUCCAGUUGUUGUUGGAUCUUCAGCUACAGCUACUAGCAAGCUAACAAUCAUCUUCAACAGCUUUCAAGAAUGCGUAGACCAGAAGACGUACCGUGCAGAGACCGAAGAUCUUCCUGCUGCAUUCAUUGAUGGUUCGAAGAAUGGAGGUGAGGGCCAUGGGGCCAACACCCUACGUGUGGUAGAGAAGGUACCUGGACAACAUGUAGAGAUCCAGGCACGUUAUAUUGGCACAACAAUUGUAGUUCGGAAAGUUGGCCACUACCUUACCUUUGCUGUGCGGAUGCCAGAGGAGGUGGUAAAUUCAGUGGAAGACCAGGAUAAUCAGGAUCUUUACCUCUGCCUUCAUGGUUGCCCUGCCAACCAGCGAAUAGACUUCAGGACCUUUAAGGCACGAGCAGCAGAGAGCCAUGGUGUAGGCCGGGGACGUCCAGGGAACCCUUCCCAUGGCUUCACGUACCAGUCAGCCAUGGCCAAGUGCAAAGAACGUCUACCUGUUGAGGAUUUGUACUUUCAAUCGUGUGUUUUUGACCUGCUAUCUUCCGGGGAUAUCAACUUCACUCUGGCGGCCUACUACGCCUUUGAGGAUGUUAAAAUGCUCCACUCCAACAAAAACAAGUACCAUCUCUUUGAAAAGGAUACAAUAUUUAACUCUGCCUCCAGAAAAUUGGCAUUUAGUGUUCUAAUCUUCAUCAGCUUUGUCAUUGUGCAGUUAUGGACUGACUCGUGUUUCAUUUGUCUGUAGUUCCCAUUGGACAUCUGUGUUAAAUGGAUGUAAGAUGCUGUAUGCAUGUGAAGUGCUGCUCUCACCGUGUUGUAUUCCAUCUACCAGAGGCUGGGCUUCUCAGCUAGAGCAUGAGCUUCUGCCGAGGGCUUUCACACUUGUGUGUCUUGUGUCACGCCAUGGACUCAUCUCUCGUGUUCAUCGUGUAUGUUCAUUCAUCGGGCCGGAGCAGAAGCGUUCCUGGAGAUCCAUUCUGCAGUCACCCUGCUGAUCUCAUAACUGCUUAAUGACAGAAAAAGGCAGUGCUUAGAGGUCCUGAUACUCGGAUCAGAUUAAACCAUCCUCGUUUCAACCAGGGUGAUGUGCCACUGACAGAAGUGAGAGGGGGAUGAUCCUUCGCAGAAAGAAGAGUUUGGAGAUGUUCUUCAGUACACUUGAUGCCAAGUGAGAGCUGAAGCAUGUCUCCCAGAGACAGGUUGGAGGACAUGACAAGAGCCUUUAUUAAUGUCUUCAAAUGAUGGAAGGGCGGCAGGAGUUCUCUCUUUGAAGAAGCUCCAGCUUUGGAAAAAUGUUAGCUUUCUAAAGAAAGCCCCCUGGCCAAGGCCAUGUCAGACUAGUAAGUCAUGUUAUCUACAGAGGAGAUUAAUAGGCCAUAACAUCAGGCAUUUUGUAUAGUUAGUUUAUGUGUGAAAGAUGAGUGUUACUGUGUGGGUGAUCGUAUGAAUGGUUGUGUAUGUGAGUGAAGUGUUUCAUAAUAGCUGUAUAUUGCACCCAGGGUCCCAAUGUAGCUCUGGUGUGGUGGUUCAUGGGUCAGUAAGAAGUUUUACGGCCUGCCAAGAGCUCUUUCCUACAUUUUAUAUAAAAAGGGUGUCAACCUUAGUGUCAGUCAGAGUUUAAGUUACACCUAUACUGCUUAAAAUAUUUACUGAAUUCUCUCCAUUGUCAAAUUGGGCAUUCAGCCGGAACAAAUUUUCAGGCACAUAGAGAAUUACUUUCUUUACUUUGUUCAGUCAAGUCGAAAGACAAACAAUGCAAGCCAUACUAUGGUGUGGCCCAUGACAGAGUUGUCAACUUGCUUCAGAUAAACAUGUUAUGGAAAAAAAAUGAAUCAUGUCAGUUUGCAGUAGGUAACACAACAAUCAACGUACAUAUCCAGGAGAGAGCCAAGUUUCUCCAUACAAUGUGUGCAGUUUGAGAUGGGACCCACAAGGCAGAUCCAUCAAUCAUCCUUACUGCUUCUUAAAAAGCAACGCCUUGCUCUCCAUUUCAAAAGGGUGUCGACGUGGCUGUGCUGUAGGCCUCGUUUAACUCACGACUCUGUAGAUCUGUGAAUUUAUGGCAGAGGCGUUUUGCCAAAGAACAAGCCAUGGUGCCAACAAUUUCCCAAACAGCUGAAUUCUCUCUCUCUCUCUCUCUCUCUCUCUCUCUCUCAUGGGGCCUUUGUGGUUCACUUAAGUAUUUGGGCUCAAACCAGAUGUCCUGAUUGUGUUUAAUAUUGGAAGGUGCUGCUAACCUACAGUAUGGUAGAUGGACCAGUGCAGGAGCUAUUGAGAACAUCUGCCAUGCAUUUCUCGUGAUAUUUGAAAUGGGGGCAUUCGCUCUUCAGCCAUUAGCAGGCUCAGGAUUACUGGCACUCAGUGUUGUAUAUAGCAGUAAUAGUAUUGGCGAGCUAGUCACACGUUACAUAGCACCACUAUUUUGAAGAGUGAAACUGCACCCUUGGUAGAACAAUAGUUUUGUAGGCCAUGUCUAAAGACUGUUGGAAAGGUCUCUGUUGAAGAUAAAGCCCACGCAGCCUAAUUUCCAUGUCUCAUUUCUUCUAAGAACAUCUGUCACAGCUGUCUCUUAUCAGUGUUUCUUUUCUGUUAGUAAAAACUAUGAAACUAUGGUUUAGAUAUUAAUUAUACUUACAACGCUUUCACAAUGACUUCAUGGUAAUUUAUUCUUACACUGUAAAGUUUUGCGAGCCUUACUACUGCUAAGAAAGCUUUGUGUUGGUGCAGUUAAUGGCUUUAAAGAAACAUUUGAAAGCAUACAAAAUGAUUGUAAUGACCUUUGUGUUUAAGUGUGAUUGUGUUGUCAGUGCUUUUUGAAUUUAUGUGUAAUGUGACAGGUUUGUGUGAUAUGGCAAAUAAUAUUUUGUGCAGAUUUUAUUUGGUACAUCAGAGGGUGUGGUAAAAUCUACCUUUAAAUUUAAAGGGAGUUUGUGUACACAAAUGCCACAAAACAUAAGAUAAGGGAUUUAUUCAGAUUUAAUUUAAAACAGGAGUAAAAAGCUGACAUUGUGUCCUAAAUGCUAAGUAGGAAACUUGUGACUUGCGGUGUUUAUGUGUUGUUUAUUACAAAAGCACUUUAUGUUUUUAUUCUCUUAACCUAGCUCUUACUUGGUUUUAACUUGAUGGUGAACGAGGUUAUCAUCAGAACUGUUACACUAAAGGAUACAAGUGAAAGAUAAUGUUUUCAAAUGUAUUAACAUUGAAUGGGAGUUACCAGACAGCUUAGUCUGUUUUUGUAUGUAGGACUAAAGCGGUGCCACACACCACCUGUAAAUACUGUAAAUUAUUUAUUGAAGAAAAAAAAAUAAAGUGUCAUAUUGAAUUGUU